AUGACGUGGGCGGAUGAGUACCGCACCUUGCAGGUGCGUUGCAAUGCAGAGACGCCAUGUGACGCGCAACGAGCGAAGCUCUUCGGAGCUGAGGGAAUUGGCUUGGUUCGCACCGAGCACAUGUUCUUUGAAGGUGAGCGGAUUGUGGCUAUGCGACAGAUGAUUUUGGCGGCAGACGAAAAGGAGCGGCAAAGUGCUCUGCAGAAGCUCCUGGAGAUGCAACGCCAAGAUUUUGCGGACCUCUUUGAGAUUUUCCCUUCCGUCACGGUGCGUCUUCUGGACGCGCCGCUGCACGAGUUCCUCCCCAGCACGGAGGCAGGGCUGGCGGCCGUCGCGGCCGUGGGCGCCAGGGUUCCGGCGUCGCUGGAGCGGGUGAAACGACGAACCGCGGAGCUGAGGGAAGCGAAUCCCAUGCUGGGUCAUCGUGGCUGUCGUUUGGCCAUCACCUACCCUGAGAUCUGCCAGAUGCAAACGCGCGCCAUCUUCGAAGCCGUGGCUAGUCUGGGACGACGCCAACAGGUGCCCACAGUGGAGGUGAUGGUGCCCUUGGUGUCACAUGUGGAGGAGUUCAAGAUCUUAAAACUGGUCGUGGAGAAAACGGUCCUGGCAGUGCAGCGAGAGCAAGGGAUGAGCUUCAAGUAUCACAUUGGGGCCAUGGUGGAGUUGCCGCGGGCCUGUUUGCAGGCCGAGAAGUUGGCGCAGUCUGCGGAGUUCUUCAGCUUCGGCAGCAACGAUCUGACACAAAGCACCUAUGGACUCAGCCGGGAUGAUGCUUCGACCUUCUUGCCCGACUACAAGGCCAAGGGGAUUCUGGAGCAAGAUCCCUUCGUGACUCUGGACACUGAGGGUGUUGGGGAACUGAUUUUACUGGCCGUGGAGCGGGGCCGCAAAGCUCGAAGUGGCAUGAAGAUGGGUAUUUGUGGUGAGCAUGGUGGUGACCCCGGCAGCAUCGAUUUCUGCAACCGCAUCGGUUUGGACUACGUGAGCUGCUCGCCGUGGCGCGCCCCCCUGGCACGCCUCGCUGCGGCACAGGCGGCGCUGCGCGCUGACCACGGCGACGGCGACAGGGCGAAACGCAACGGCACAAGGCACAGGUGUCAAAGCAAGCGGGUCUUUGAGGCGGCGAUUGGGUCUCAGGGGGAUGGAGCCCAACGUAUUCAGAAAGGCGACCAGGGGAGGCCACCAGGGGAGGUGAUUUAUGAUCCCAUGGACUGCCAAUUCUACACUUGGCAGCUGGCCAUCGCACAAAAUCUGGGCGGCCGCAGGACACAAGAGGACCGCCUGGCUGUGUGCCCGUGCUUAGGCGAUUGGAACAAGGCCUUCUUCGGACUUUGGGACGGUGCGGUCGAUGACUUCGCGGCUGAAGAGGUGCGCAAGCUGUUCCUCUCCAACUUGAUUGCCUCGUCCGCAUGGGCAAAGGUGUCAAACUCGAAUCCUGAUCCGGAAGCGCUGCAGGACUGCCUGCGCGAAGCCAUUCAGACCACCGACCAGGAAGUCAUCCGCCUCUGUCGCGACACGCAGAAUCACUACUCCAGCUGCACGGGUGUUAUGACCCUCUGGACCGGUACCAUCUUGACGGUGGCUCAUGUGGGCGAUUCCCGUGCCACCCUUGGCUACGUGGAGGAUGGCCUAGUGGGAUAUGAACAGCUGACCUCCGACCACAAGUGA